UCCAGGUCUGUAAUUCGUGGGGGAUCUCAGUGGUCUAUGGAAGUCAGAGCUGAAUUGGUUGAAGGUACUGCAAAUCCCAUCAUCCGUUGUCCAUACUCCCCCAAAGAUAUUGUUUUUGUGAUUAGUCCCUAUGCUUUAAUUAUGUUCAAUUUGUAACAAUGCAAAUACAUCCUGCAUAUUAGAUAUUUGCAUUAGAAUUCAUAAGAGUAGCAAAAUUAUUUAUGAAGUAGCCACGAAAAUAUGGUUGGGGGUCACCACAAAAGGAGGAACUUUAUUUGGGGAAUUCAGGAUGCUCUUUGAUUGUAGGUGAACGUUAUGACGUAGCAACUAAAGUAGUUUUAUAGUUGGGGGUCACCACAACAUGAGGAAUUGUAUGAAGGGGUCGCGGCAUAAGGAAGGUUGAGAACCACUGCUCUAGGGGAUAAGUAUCUUAUUUGGUCUCUGAUUUCUGUCAUUUUGUCUAAAGGAUUUUUUUUCUUUUUUCUCAAAAAAGAAAUCGGCAGAAGAAACACAAGAAGCCAGCUGUAACAAAGCCUGGUGCGGAAAAACAGGUGUCUGGAAAGCAAAAGAGAACGAAAACAGGGGAGAAGCCAUAUAAAUGCAUGGAAUGUGGAAAGGGCUUCAGCCAGAAAGCAGGUCUACGUGUACACCAAAGAAUACACACAGGAGAGAAGCCAUACAAAUGUAUGGAAUGUGGAAAGAGCUUUAGUAACGGGAGACACCUUUGUAUACACCAAAGAACACACACAGGGGAGAAGCCAUACAAAUGCAUGGAAUGUGGAAGGAGCUUCAGUUGCAAUGAGACUCUACGUUCCCAUCAAAGAACCCAUACAGGAGAGAAACCCUAUGAAUGCAUGGAAUGUGGAAAGAGCUUCAGUCAGAACGGAAGUCUACUUCGACAUCAAAGAACACACACAGGAGAGAAGCCAUACGAAUGCAUGGAAUGUGGAAGGAGCUUCAGUUACAAUGAGACUCUACGUUCCCAUCAAAGAACCCAUACAGGAGAGAAACCCUAUGAAUGCAUGGAAUGUGGAAAGAGCUUCAGUCAGAACGGAAGUCUACUUCGACAUCAAAGAACACACACAGGAGAGAAGCCACACGAAUGCAUGGAAUGUGGAAGGAGCUUUGGUAAUGGGGCACAACUUUGUAAACAUCGAAGAACACACACAAGGGAGAAACCCUUUGAAUGCAUGGAAUGUGGAAAGGGCUUCAGCCAGAAAGGAAAUCUACAGGUGCAUCAAAGAAUACACACAGGAGAGAAGCCAUACAGAUGUAUGGAAUGCGGAAAGAGCUUCAGCGAUAGUGGAUCAUAUAAGAAACAUCUAAAGGCUCACACAGGAGAAAAACCAUAUAAAUGUAUAGAAUGUGGAAAGAGCUUUGGUGACCGUACACAACUUUGUACACAUCAAAGAACACACACAGGGGAGAAACCAUACAAAUGCAUGGAAUGUGGAAAGAGCUUCACUCAGAAAGCAGGUCUACAGGUACAUCAAAGAACACACACAGGAGAGAAGCCAUAUGAAUGCAUGGAAUGUGGAAGGAGCUUCAGUUGCAGCGGAAGUCUACGUUUGCACCAAAGAACCCACACAGGAGAGAAACCCUAUGAAUGCAUGGAAUGUGGAAAGGGCUUCAGUCAGAAAGCAGGUCUACGGGUACAUCAAAGAAUACACACAGGAGAGAAGCCAUACAAAUGCAUGGAAUGUGGAAGGAGCUUCAGUAGCGGUGGAAGUCUACGUUUGCACCAAAGAACCCACACAGGCGAGAAGCCCUUUGAAUGCAUGGAAUGUGGAAAGAGUUUCAGUGAUAGGGGAGGAUAUAAUCGACAUCAAAGGAUUCACUCAGGUGAGAAGCCCUACAAAUGCAUGGAAUGCGAUAAAACAUUCAGGUGCCGUUCAGAUCUGUUGACACAUCAAAAAACCCACAGAGGAGAGAAACCACACAAAUGCAUGGUGUGUGGAAAGGGCUUCAGUAAGGCUUAUCAUCUGCGUGUACAUGAAAGAACGCAUUCUGGAGAGAAACCCUAUAAAUGCAUGGAAUGUGGAAAGAGCUUCAGUCAGACCUCAAAUCUACGUGUCCAUGAAAGGACACACACAGGGGAGAGACCAUACAAAUGCACAGUGUGUGGAAUGGGCUUCUGUGAUAAAGGCUCAUGUAACAAACAUCUAAGGACCCACACAGGGGAGAAACCAUAUGAAUGCGUGGAAUGUGGAAAGAGCUUCAGUUGCAGUUCUAAUCUGCGUACACAUCAAAGAACCCACACAGGGGAGAAACCGCAUGAAUGCAAGGAAUGCGGAAAGAGCUUCUCUACUAGUAGCAGUUUGCGGUCGCAUCAAAGAACCCACACUGGGGAGAAACCUUAUGAAUGCAUGGAGUGUGGAAAGAGCUUCAGUUGCAGUGAAAGUCUACAUUCCCAUCAAAGAAUCCACACAGGAGAGAAACCAUAUCAAUGCCUGGAAUGUAGAAAGAGCUUCAGGGGCAGACGGGAUUUGCAUUCCCAUCGUAGGACCCACACAGGGGAAAAGCCAUAUAAAUGCAUGGAAUGUGGAAAGGCCUUCAGCAAAAGUGGAGAUUUACGUGCCCAUCAUAACACCCACACAGGAGAGAAACCAUAUCAAUGCCUGGAAUGUGGAAAGAGCUUCAGAGACAGACGAGAUUUGCAUUCCCAUUGUAGGACRCACACAGGGAAAAAACCAUAUAAAUGCAUGGAAUGUGGAAAGGCCUUCAGCAAAAGUAGAAAUUUACYUGCCCAUCGUAAGACCCACACGAGAAAAACCACAUAAAUGCAUYGAAUGUGGAAAGGCCUUCAGCAAAAGUUGCUCAUAUAAUAAAUAUCUCCCUAUGUAUAUAUUUUUGGAUUUACCUUAAUCAUA